CUUAAACGUUAAAAAUAACCGAACGGUUUUCCUCUAGACCGAUUUACCAUAAGUUGGUAAAUAGUUUCAGGAACCAGAAUUAAUUCCAGGGUUAAAGAAAUCUCUCGAUUUCCAGCAAUGGCGAUCCUUCACUUGUCACCUUCUUCACUGAUCUCGACGAUAACACACUCGCAACGAAGAAGGAUUAGGGCAUCGCGAGAUUCCGUCAAAAUAAGGAAGGAUCUCAUUACAACAGAAUCUGUCUCCUCUCUCAGCUUAUGUCCCUGCGGAAGGAGGCAUUUACUAGGAUCCAUGAUUUCAAUGCCGUUUCUUCCCAUCUCUUCCUCCUACGCUUCUGGGUCCUCUGCUUCUAUCUCAAUGAAUGAUUUGAAAAGAUUGCGUCCUCCAAAGCCAGAUUGGUACGAGGAGCUCUUUGCUUGGUGUAUGAAUACAGGAAUGGAAUCUUACGAGGCAGAGAUUUCGGAUUACAAGAUGAAACUCUUUGAAAACUUGGUGGGGAAAGCAGAAAAGGUUUUGGAGAUUGGGAUUGGAACAGGUCCCAAUUUCAAGUACUACUCCACUAUUCCAAACGUCUCUGUUCUUGGCGUUGAUCCAAACGCUAAAAUGGAAAGCUACGCACGAAGAUCCGCUGUAGAAGCUGGAUUGAAAUCCCAAGACUUCACAUUCAUUCACGCCCUUGGAGAAUCUAUACCGUUGGAAGAUGCAUCGGUUGAUGCAGUUGUGGGGACUCUCGUGCUUUGUUCUGUCACUGAUGUCACAAGGACACUCAAUGAGAUAAAAAGGAUUCUGAGACCGGGUGGGAUUUACAUUUUCAUAGAGCAUGUUGCAGCGGAAGAUGGAACAGUUCUGAGAUUGGUUCAGAAUGUGUUGGAUCCAUUGCAACAAGUUGUUGCCGAUGGAUGUCACCUGACGAGGCACACGGGAGAUUACAUUUCAGAAGCUAGAUUCAAUGGUGGUGCAGAUAUCAACAAGGUCUCUCUUCCUAGCUUGGCUUACAUAAGCUCUCAUGUCUAUGGUGUUGCUUACAAUUAGAGAAAAAACAGGGGAUGAAUGUACAUAUUCAAUGAUAAUAUAAGAUAAAUGUAAAAAAAAAACACUUUCUCAAUCUAAUAUAAUAUAAUGCACAAGUAAGCCC